AUGGACCAGUUCCAGGACGGGCAGCACGUGUGGCUGCGGAGCCGCGUCCGCGGCAAGUACCUCUACGCCAGAGGCGACGGGGAGAGCGUCCGCCUCCGCGAGGGCCGCGCGUCGCUCAAGGCGGCGUGGGCGGUGCACCGCCACGUCGGCAUCGACGGCGUCGAGUACGUGCUCCUCCACAGCGCCGCCUACGGCCGCUACCUCGCCGCCACCGACGACCGCGCGCCCCUCCACCUCUGCGGCUACCGCGUCGUGCUGCAAAACUACGACCAGGACCCCAUGGAGGCCAUCAGGUGGCAGGCCGUCAACCCGCCAGGGGCGGCUGAGGACGACGUCCUGCUCCGCCAAGUCCGCCACGGCCACCGCUACCUCCGCGCCAACGGGAAGAUCCAGCGCUGGAUCAGGGGCGUCAGCGUCGACGACCCCCAAAACAUCACCACCAUGAUGCACUGGGUGGUGGAGCCCAUCCCCGCCAUGCAGGGCUUGCCUCCCCUUCCACCUCCGACCAGGGACCGCCACCCGGGAGACCUCUCGGUCUGGCUCGGGUUUUCGCCGGCAUCGAUUCGGACGAUUCGAUACGUACGGGCAGACGACGACGGAGACUACCCCGAGCUCGAGGAGGUCUGGUACGCGCUCCAUUUCACGGGGAGGUCCGUGCACCGUCUGCGGGGCCUUCUGAGGGACGAGCUGGCCAAGGACGACCACGUCGCCGCCGCCGACCUCAUCAUGUGCGUCCGAGCGGGCCGCCACGGGAGGCUCACCCCACUCGUCGUCAACCUACCCCACCAUGGCGAUACAUUCCAGAUCGUCCUCAUCAUGAACGGGACACCAGGGGUGCAAACGGCGUCCCGCUUCCUGUCCUGCAUCCCGCCCUGCUUGCAGCCCUAA